UCCAUAGUUGUUUGGCAUGCACACCAGAAUGUGUUCCGACUUUUCAGCCUUAGAUGCAUAACGAGGACAACCCAUAUUGUUUCAACACAUUCUGAUUUACUCUAGCUUUGUUAGCGUUUAAUAAGGAACAAUCCCAGUAUGCAAUGCAAACAAUGAGUUAACAGUCAGUUAGAAACUACAUGUCCCAGCAUGCCAUGCUCUCCAGCAACCUCGGAAGUGGGUAUGAGGGACGCCAUUGCAUUUUGGUAGUUGCAGUCUCUCGGGACUGGCCCGCCCCUUGUGCCGCUUCCGGGGCCUACGUUUAAAGAAAACCCUACUGGGUGGCUUAGCGCCCUCGAGAGAGGUGCCGCCCUACGACCUUUGACCCCGGCCGGGGUGUCCAGCUUCUCGAAUCUCUCCCACAGCCCAAAAUGGCGGCAGAGGUGGAUUUUGGGGAUUUGGAGCUGUUCGAGGCGUUUGACCACCCAGAGGAGUCGCUCCCAAAGCCCGUUCACACGCGCUUCAAGGACGGCGACGGCGACGAGGAGGACGAGAACGGGGUUGGCGACGCGGGGCCGCGGGAGCGGCUCCGGCAGAGCGAGGAAACGAUCGAGCGGCUCCGCGCCGAGAAUCAAGAACUUAAAAGAAAAUUGAACAUUCUGACUCGACCAAGUGGAAUAUUGGUGAACAACACUAAGUUAGAUGGACCUUUGUUACAGAUUCUAUUUAUGAACAAUGUUAUUUCAAAGCAAUAUCAUCAAGAAAUAGAGGAGUUUGUGUCAAAUUUAGUAAAAAGAUUUGAGGAUCAGCAGAAAAAUGAUGUGGAAAAGACUUCCUUUAAUCUUUUGCCCCAGCCAUCCAGUGUUAUGCUAGAAGAGGACCAUAAAGUAGAAGAAUCCUGUACCAUUGAAAACAACAAGGAAGCUUUUAGUGUUGUAGGAAGUGUCCUGUAUUUUACUAAUUUUUGCCUUGAUAAAUUGGGGCAACCGCUACUAAAUGAAAACCCUCAGCUUACCGAAGGAUGGGAAAUACCCAAGUACCAGCAAGUCUUCAGCCACAUUGUUUCUCUAGAAGGGCAAGAAAUACAAGUAAAGGCCAAAAGGCCAAGGCCUCACUGUUUCAACUGUGGUUCCGAAGAACAUCAAAUGAAAGAUUGCUCAAUGCCUCGGAAUGCUGCUCGAAUAAGCGAAAAGAGAAAAGAGUACUUGGAUGCCUGUGGUGAAGCAAACAAUCAGAACUUCCAACAGCGGUACCAUGCGGACGAAGUCGAAGAAAGGUUUGGAAGAUUCAAGCCAGGCGUUAUUAGGUCUGUAAUAGAUGCUGCUGAUGGGGAAACAGAAUCUGGAGAAAUACAACACAAUCAAAAUGUCACUUAUGAUCUCUCGAAAUUGGUAAACUAUCCAGGUUUUAAUAUAUCUACUCCCAAAGGAAUUCCAGAUGAAUGGAGGAUGUUUGGUUCUAUACCAAUGCAGGCCUAUCAGCAGAAGGACGUGUUUGCCAGUUACCUUACUUCAAACUUCCAAGCGCCGAGCGUGAGGUCUGCCUCCAAGAGGUCUUCGUCUCGGUCCAGCCCUUGUAGUCCGAAGAAGCAGAAGGGGAGCAGCUCGGCUUCCCCCGCGGACAUGGAGCUCGACUCGGAUGCGGAGGCCCUGCAUGUAUCUUCGAGUGGGAAUGCUACUCGGUUUCAGCCACCAUUGCCCCCUGACACUCCUCCACUACCACGGGGAACUUCGCCCACUUUCAUUCCUCCGCUUCCCAAGGGCACCCCACCACUGACUCCCAGUGACUCACCACAGACCAGGACAGCACCUGCGCCUAUGGAGGAGGACACACUGACUCUGGAAGAACUCGAAGAGCAGCAGCGGCGGAUAUGGGCAGCCCUGGAGCAGGCUGAGAGCGUUAACAGCGAUUCUGACAUUGCUGUUGACACACCUUUAACUGGAAAUUCGGUUGCCUCUUCCCCUUGUCCAAACGAGCUAGAGCUGCCUGUCCCAGAGGGAAAACCAUCUGAAAAGCAGGUGCCAGAGGAGCCUGAGCCCAAGGAACAGGACACUUGUGCAAAGAAAUCAGAAGUUGAACAUCCAGAGAGUCCAGAGUCCGACGCGACAAUGCUUUGUCGGCAGGACAAGGAGGAGUCUGCCGAGGGAGGCUCUGAAGGUGCGCCUCUCGAUGACGGCAGUGUGGUAUCGAACUGUGACAUCAGGAACGGAGGCAGCCAGAAGCUCCUGCCCCUGGACCCCAGUCCUUCCACAGCCACUAAAACUCACAGUCCUAUCCCUGAUAUGAGCAAGUUCGCAACUGGAAUAAUGCCAUUCGAAUUUGAGAAUAUGGCAGAAUCGACUGGAAUGUACCUCAGGAUAAGAAACUUGUUAAAGAACUCACCCCGAAACCAGCAGAAAAACAAGAAGACUUCUGAGUAACUGCUUGACACAGCACCAAGACCUAGUUCAUGAUCUACAACUUUGUGUCCUGGUCACAAUACUAAGUGGACAGAUGAACCGUCUUCCUGUUUGUCCCUCCCAUGUUUAAAAAUCUGUCAGAGGCUUAUUUGUGGCUUAAAGUCAGGCCUGUUUUAAUGAAUGGAAAGAUCGGGCUCGCUGGCUUACCGUAUUUUAUUCUCACUACUAAGAACGUGGGGGAAUGUAAGUAUAGAGGUUUAGAGGUAGUUUGCUUAUACUAUUUUUGGGUUGUGAGUGUCCGUGCAGAGUGAUGGUUUUUAGCGUCUUUUGUACAUUGUUUUCCCUUUCUACAUUUUGCUAAUUAUCUUGUAUAUAAGUUUAGUAGAUCACUUUUUUAAAGAAAAAAUUCUAACCAUUUUAAAUUCACAUUUCAACUUCGACAACCAAAUGAGAAAAAUCAGGGAUGAGCAGCUUUAUCCCACUUGGGGUAUUUUUGUAAGUGAUUUACAUACAUCAAUUUUAAUGACCCUUUUAUUUUUUUAUAACUUCAUUCUUCAUAUAAGCUUGCGACACAGGUAUGAUCGAUCGUCUUUGUGUACAAAGGUUUAAUAAAUUAGUUUUCAAAUACAUAA